AUGUUGCGCGUCUUCUCGUUGAGCCUCAUGCUCGUUGCCCUCGCAGCCGCACAGGGACAGACCCAGAUCCAUCUCACGACCGCUGAAGAGAGUCACUCCUUGACUGUUCCGUUCAAGGAAUGCGUCAAUCUGCCGGAAGAACCUAUCACCGCGCUGACGAUAUCGCAUAAAUGCGUCUUCUUCACACACCCCGAAUGUAUCGGUCGCGCCGUCGAACUCCGGCCUGGAGACCAUUCUGCCCCGGAGCCCGUGGAGGUCGCGAGCGCGUACUGCCAGUUUACCUUUUGA